AUAUACGACUUUUACUUCUUCUUCUUCCUAAGCCCCUUCGCAAACCUCAUCAACGGUCGACAAAUCCUAACCGUCCAUUCUGCCGGAUCCAAUACAGAUCCCAACUUCAACGGAUUCUCUCUCUCUCUCUCUCUGUGAAAUCCCAAAACCAUGAACUGGCAAAUCCUUCACAUCCCAGAAAAGGCAGAGCACUCAAAACAGCAAUCGACAGUUGAUAUCUUUGCUUCGCAAAUUGAGCCUAAGCUUGCCAACACUCUGGUGAGGAAGUUGAAUCAAGUAUCUCCACUUGAAAAUCUUCGGCAUGUUAAGCGGGUACGGAAGGUGGCUGCCGAAGGGAAAGCUCAGUUAUCAGUGGUUUUAUGUCUUUCCCUUGGACAAGAUAAUCAGUUGGACAACAUACCGAAUGAUGUACUUGAGCUGAUAAAAGAAUACAAAUUACAUCCCUUUGUCACAAAAGUCGCAAAGUAUGCAGCUUCAUCAAAGGAGGAAUGGGAAGAACAGUGCAAGCUUUGGCCAACUUCUUAUCACCCACCGACAUACAAUAUUGAUGGCAUUACUGGAUUUAGCGAAGAGGACUCACAAUCAAUCUUCAAUUUUAUGAAGGUUGCAAUCAAAUUAACCAAGUCUGGUCAUCUUGGUGGUCAGGUAGUCAAUGCAGCAGUAAUAGUGGAUCCUUCAAUUAGGCAGGUGAUUGCAAGUGCGAGUGACCAAACAUGUUUAUGGCCCGGUCCCCCAAACAAAAGCAGCUUAGAAAAUUUUAACUGCAUCAGAUGUGCUGAAAUCAUUCCCUCCCAUCACUCUGAUGCAACAGAAGCAACCAGCAAUGGUCCUCCUCACUUAAAUUGCAUGAAUGACGAUCAAACAGGUGCAUAUUCUAGUGUUUCUUGUCUACAUCCUUGGGGAUGGGCCGGACAAUUGCCAUAUACUAAGAAUACCCUCGUAAAAUGCGGGAAUUCUUUCUCAUGGCAUCCUUUACGACAUGCUGCUUUAGUUGCGAUUGAGUAUGCUGCUGCUAGGGACAUGCAGCUAUUCCCCAGUUUGGAACCUUCAGAAAGUCAGUCCAGUCAGAUGGAUGACCAUUUGGAAUCUUCUUCUAUGAGCUUACCGGCAAAAAGGCAGAAGACUCAGCUCUCCAGUGACAAUAACAUGGUCUCUGAUGCUUCCAUGAAUGAAUUACCUUCUGAACUGAUGCGGCCUUAUCUAUGUACUGGUUAUGAUAUCUACCUUGUCUGGGAGCCUUGUACAAUGUGUGCAAUGGCGCUCGUUCAUCAAAGAAUCAGGCGCAUAUUUUAUGCCUUUCCAAACCCAAAUGCUGGUGCAUUGGGCAGCGUUCAUAGAUUGCAAGGAGAGAAAAGCUUGAACCAUCAUUACGCUGUUUUCAGGGUUCUGUUACCCAAGGAAGUCCUUGAAGAACUGACCACAAUGGAUUCAAAACCUUAGUCACUCAAAAGCAAGAUUGGAUUUUGGGUGCUGGAGCAGUGAAGCGGCUAUUAUAAUGCCAGGAAGUGGGGGCGCGACAGCAAGGAUUGAAAAUUGGUUUAAGUAUAUAUCAUAUCAUUCACCACCAAAACUGGGUCGUGUCACCCCCUUUCAGGCCGUAUCAGACCAAUACAGUGUCUAUGACUGAAACCAGUCUACAUCAUGCAUCACACACCAGUUUUGGACAAUGCUUUAGCCCUUGAUUAAUUGCCAAUGCUAGCUUGAACUUGACUAACAUUUAGGCCGUGUUUGGAUGCACAAGUGAAUUGAGUUGCAAACAUUCAUUUUCAAGUGGUAUUGACAAAAAGUCAAUAAUAUUUUCUACCGUUUCUCGAAAGUAACAUAACUGUAAUUUGGAGUCCAGGUCCUGUUUAUUAUUGUGACGGAAAUUAAGACGACUAAUGUCAAUUCAAUUCAUUAGUGCAUCCAAAUGCACCCGAGAAGUCCUCAACAUUUGAAAUUUUGAGCAGCUAGUCUUGGUCUUUUUAUUUUGGACCAUUUGUUAUGUAAAACUAUGUAACAUUGACAUGUUAUCGUGCAGCAUCAUGGCUGCAUUAUUAGUUAAAAAGGAAAAUACAAAGACAUUUUUUCUACA